GCCCCGGCAGCUACACUUUUUUUUAAACAGUCCCCAACAUGGACGGCACACGUGUAUCUGCUUUAGCCAUCUACCGCUUGCAGGAGCGCGCCGGCAUCAUUCAGAAAGAAAAACCGCGGCAACUGCAGAAGCCGAGAAAAGGACACCUCCUGUCUCUGUCCAAAGACAUCAAGAAGCAGCAUAAGGGGAAGAAAAAGGUGAGCCUCACUAAGGCAUGCUCCCAGGUAGGGCUAGAGGGACCCGAGCCUCUGCCAAAAAAAGAUAAUGGCUUGAAACUGGAAGGGGAACCCGAGGCAGGAGCUCCGCAGUCCAGUCCGCCUGCAGCCGAAGUAGAGAAACGGAGCCGGGGCCCAAGGAAGCAGAAAACCCAGAAUGAGCCCGCGGAGCCCGAAAGGGUCCUGCCUCCGACGGGUGGGGCAGGAGAGGAGAGGGAGGUGGAACCGCUUUCUGCACCUGCGGCAGGAGAGAAGCGGAGUGGGGCUUCAAGGAAUCAGAAAUCCAAGAGACAGACGGCGGAGCCCGAAAGUGCCCUGCCUCGGACCCCGUCGGUUGCGGUGGGAGAGGAGAGGGAGGCGGGGCUAUCUCCUUCAGUAGUAGAGAAACAGAGCGGGGUCCCAAGGAAACAGAAAGUCAAGAAGAAAAGGGCUUUGCCCUCGACGGCUCCGGGAGGAGAGGAGGGGAAGGUGGAACAGUGUCCAGGGGCAGUAGAAAAACUGAGCGAGGGUCCAAGGAAGCAGAAAGUCAAGACAGAGGCAUCAGAACCCGAACGGGUCCUUCCCCGGACGGCUCCGGGAGGAGAGAAGAGGGUGGUGGAACAGUCUCCUGGGGCAGUAGAAAAACUGAGCGCGGGCCCAAGGAAGAAGAAAGUCAAGAAACAGGCAGCAGGGCCCGAAAGGGUCCCACCCCCGACGGCGCGGGUAGAAGAGGAGAGGGAAGUGAAGAAGAAGCAGGAAAUUAAGAGACAGACAGCGGAACCCGAAAGGGCUCUAUCCCCAACCCCGACCUUUGCGGUAGAAAAACUGAGCCUGAACCAAAAGCCUAAGAAAGUUAAGAGAGAUAAGGCGGAGCCCCAGAGGACUGCGGUGGGAGAGAAGAGGAAGGUGGAAGAAGGGGCGAAAGUAGAGCUGGUAGAGGGGCAAAACAGCUGCGGGGCGGGGUCCGGUGCACCCUCCCUGCAGCAGGUUCUCCAGGAGCUGGGCCAGAUUCCGCACAGCAAACGUCGGGCUGCCCGUCUCUUCGAGUGGUUGAUCGCACCGCUGCCCGUAGAUCAUUUCUUCAGCUGGAUGUGGGAGAAGGACGCGGUGCUGGUGCGGCGGGGCAACCCGGAUUACUACCGGGGCCUGUUCUCCACGGCUGAGCUGGACGCGGUGCUGCGCGGGGAGGACGUGCAGUUCGGACUACACCUGGACGCCGCGCGCUACCGCAAGGGCCAGCGCGAGACCCUGAACCCGCCUGGGCGGGCUCUGCCGGCCACCGCGUGGUCUCUGUACCGAGACGGCUGCUCCCUGCGCCUGCUGUGCCCGCAGGCCUUCUCUGCUGUCGUGUGGCAGGUGCUGUCGGUGCUCCAGGAGCACUUCAGCAGCAUGGUGGGCGCCAAUGCCUACCUCACUCCCCCGGGCUCCCAGGGCUUCGCCCCUCACUACGAUGACAUCGAAGCCUUCGUCCUGCAGCUGGAGGGGAGGAAACUCUGGCGGGUCUACAAGCCCCGGGAGCAGGCGGAAGAACUUCCCCAGUUUUCCAGCCCUAACUUUGGACCCCAGGGCUUGGGAAAACCCGUGCUGCAAGAGGUGUUGGAGCCCGGGGAUCUGCUCUAUUUCCCCCGGGGCUUUAUCCACCAGGCUGAGUGUGAGCCUGGGGUGCACUCUCUGCACCUCACUCUGUCUACCUUCCAGCGCAAUUCUUGGGGGGACCUGCUGGAACCCCUGCUGCCAGCGGCUUUGCAAGCUGCCGUGGAGGAGGACGUGGAAUUCCGCAGGGGUCUACCUAGGGACUACCUCGAUUACAUGGGGGUUCAGCAUUCAGAAUCUGGGGACCCUCGUCGAGGUCCUUUCCUGGAGAAGGUGCAGAGAUUGCUUGCCCGCAUGGCACAGUAUGCACCUGUAGAUGCUGUGGCCGACCAGAGAGCCAAGGGCUUCCUCCACGACUGUCUGCCUCCGGUGCUGUCAGAGAAGGAGCGGGCACUGAGUGUGCAUGGGCUGCCUGUUCGGUGGGAGGCUGGGGAGGCUUGGAAUGUGGGGGCAAAAAUUACCACUGAGACCCAGGUCCGCCUGCUUCGGCAUGGUUUGACUCGCUUAGUGAGUGAGGAUGACAGUGUCGUCUUGUACUACACCGUGGAAAAUUCUCGAGUCUAUCAUCAGGGGGAGCCCAAGUACCUGGAGAUUGACUCCCAGUACACUGAUGGCAUCGAGUACUUGUUCAGUUCCUACCCAGGUUUUGUGCAGGUGGGAGACUUGCCUUGUGAUAAUAGCAAGGACCAGAUUUCCUUAGUGACCAUGUUAUUUGAAAAGGGACUGCUGAUCACCAAGAAACCUCUGACCCCAUAGUAAUUUUUUGUUGAGUAGAAGUAAAAAUAAAGAUGUGUUUUUGUUUUUA